GGUCUGUGUCAACAUGGUCCGGAGGGGGCGGCACCAGGUGACGUCACACAGUAGCGGAAAUCUAUUCCUCGACGACUUUUCUACUUCUUCGUCGCCCUCUGUGGCUUCUGUCGUGUGCCGUCGAUUGACGUCCGUUGCCGAAUAUUCGCGUGGCAUUCCAGUUAGUUGGGCCGUUCAACGAGCAUCUACUCUGCCACGUUUGAGACAACUUCUUUCGGCUAGCCGUAUAGCUAACGGCAGCUGGCAGGGUUUCAAGCGCUAAUAAAUGACCCUCGUCGUUCCGUUAGGUUCUCCCGAGUGAUUUGUGCUCGACAAUUCGCUCGUACUCCUUUCCCCUCGUGGUUACUAUCGAGUGACGUUUUCUUUUUCUCUCCCCCCAACGUGGCUAGCUUAGCGACGAAAUAACAACUGACUCCUGCAACCUGAGAUGUAAUGUACUCUUUCUCUUUCGAGUGCUCAAUAAAUUACGUGGUCGUGAAGGAUACGGCUGCAAUGGUGUCUGCGGUACCUGUGGCUGCUCUUGGCUGACAGCGACACACCUGUCCCAGCAUGAAGUUCCCGUCAUUCAAACUCUCCUUCUGUUUGGGAUUCCUGGUGGGAUUCUUCAUGCUGUACCUGUUUUUAUGGCAUGUGGGCUUCGACAAGACUUUCUCCGUGCAACCCGUCAGUAGAGUGGUUGAACGCCACGAUCAGCAGCAUGAAGAAGAAGGAGAGAGAUGGAACAAGGAGAGGUCGGCCCUCUUCAAUCUUAAACACCCGCAUCAUUCAGGUGAGGAUGGCACAAUGGCAGAUGAACUGUACAAAAAAGUACGUGUUCUUUGCUGGGUGAUGACCGGACCGAGCAACCUGAAGACGAAGGCUCGCUACGUGAAGGACACGUGGAGUCGGCAUUGCAACAUUGUGGUCUUUGUGAGCUCUGUAAGCGAUCCGGACUUUCCCACCGUAGGUUUGGAUACAAAAGAGGGCCGUGACCAACUUUACUGGAAAACCAUCCGGGCCUUCCAUUACGUCUAUGAGCAUUACGGCAAUGAAGCGGACUGGUUCCUCAAGGCAGAUGAUGAUACUUAUGUAAUAGUGGACAAUCUGCGUUUGGUACUUGCAAACCACACCCCGGAGGAGCCCAUUUAUUAUGGUCGAAGGUUCAAGCCGUACACCAAGCAGGGCUACAUGAGUGGCGGCGCGGGCUACGUGCUGAGCAAAGAGGCUCUGCGACGCUUUGUACAAGGAUUUCAAAACAAAGUGUGCACUCACACCAGCUCGGUGGAGGACCUCGCAAUGGGCCAGUGCCUGGAGAAAGUUGGGGUGCUGGCGGGAGACUCCAGAGACACUUUGCAACGUGAGACAUUUCAUCCCUUCAUCCCUGAGCAGCACCUGACUGCGGAGUUCCCAAAGAGCUUCUGGUAUUGGAGCUACUGCUACUACCCCAUCUCACAGGGUCCAAGCUGCUGCUCGGACUUGUCCGUGUCUUUCCACUAUGUGCAUGACAGCAACAUGUAUUUAUUGGAGUACUACGCCUAUCACCUGCGUGCCUUUGGCUACAGAUACCGUUACCAGCCCCCCACCCCGCUCGGCUACGCCAACGAGCGGCUAAGCUCCAAGGAUGUUGCUGAUGUUGCUCAAAAAAGGAGCAAAGAUGUUUCUCAGGAAAAUGAACAAAAGGGUGGAAUUAGUGAAAAGAGACCAGAUGAUGCCCUGCCUCCAGCUGCCAUACAACAGUAGGACUGUGUGAGUGUGAGAGACAAUUUGAUCAUCAAUGAAGAAUUUGUUGGCUUUUAUUUGAAUGACCCAAAAAAAAAAACAAAACAAAAAAAACAGCAACAAAUACGUGACUGGUCUUGGACAUCAGCUUCGCCCUCACCACUUUUCUAGUUUGUCAAGUCAUGUCGGUGCAGACUAUUUCAGCUGCAUUCUUUUUCAAAUGUAAAAAAAAAAAAACAAAGACCACAUUUUCUAUUCCUUUGUCUACCAGCUAGAGUUGUGCCAUUGUUCAAAGUAUUUCUCGAGAUAACAAACCCGGUUGGACCUCAUCGUCACGCAUUAUCGUCGCUGCCGUUCACCUUGAACUAACCAAACAACUGUUGUGUCAAAUGCAGGAGUUGUCAUAAAAUGAAUGACAACCAUUGUUCACUUG